CAUAAAGUUUGUGUAGUCUUGUACAUCUUAGUUGCUUGCAUGCUCACUAUAUUUGUAAUUAGUGUUGCUGCUUAAUUCUAUCAAUGUAGUAAAUGGUAAUGUCCUCUCUCAUUGAUCUCUAGAUGGAGAAAGGAAGAGGCACUGAAGAAGAACUUAAAUCCCCAUCUUUGCCUCCACCGCCACCAACAAUACCAUCCAAUGUGAAGCCAGAGAGCUUGAAGCCUCCCAAGUAUUCUAUUGUCAGUAGGCGUGAGGUUGGGACUAGUGGACGAAAGAUAUCCUUGCUUGCUAAUCACUUCAAAGUUUCUCUCAAUGCCACAAAUGCUGUAUUUUACCAAUAUACUGUUACCAUUUCUUCAGAAGAUAGGAGAGUUGUUGAAAACAAGCGGAUUGGGAGAAAACUUGUUGAUAAGCUUUACCAAACAUACUCUUCAGAACUUGCUGGAAAAAGAUUCUCUUAUGAUGGUGAAAAAAGUUUGUAUACAGUGGGUCCUUUGCCACAGAACAAGUUUGAGUUUACAAUAGUACUGGAGGAAUCAUUUGCAAAAUGGAAUCCUGAUGCUGAUGUUGGCCCUCCUGAGAGUGGCAAGAGGACAAAGCGUUCUUUCCAGUCAAAGACUUACAUAGUAGAACUAAGCUAUUCUGCUAAAAUACCUUUGAAGUCAAUAUCUAUUGCCCUCAGUGGAGUUGAAUCAGAUAAUAGAGCUCAGGAUGCUUUAAGAGUACUUGACAUCAUCUUAAGGCAACAAGCUGCGGACCGGGGGUGCCUUUUGGUGAGACAAUCCUUCUUUCAAGAUGAUUCAAGGAAUUAUGUUGAUGUUGAAGGAGGUGUAUUGGGUCUUCGUGGAUUCCACUCCAGUUUUCGUCCCACUCAAGGGGGCUUAUCUCUGAAUAUGGAUACAACUACUACUAUGAUUUUAAGGCCUGGACCGGUAUUUGAGUUUCUAAAACAGAACUUGAAUCUAAAGGAUGAACGAUUCUGGAUGAAGGCCAAGCGAUUAUUGAGGAAUUUGAGGAUUAAAACAGUACACCGUAACAUGGAAUUCAAAAUAGUUGGUCUGAGUGAAAAGCCCUGUUCUGAGCUAUACUUCCCGAUGAAAGUUAAAAAUGGUGACUCUGGUGAGGCACAGACUGUUGAUAUCACAGUGUAUGAGUAUUUCACCAAACAUUGUGGAAUCGAACUUACAUAUUCUGCGGACAUGCCAUGCCUUGCUGUUGGUAAACCAAAGUGUCCCAACUAUUUACCGCUAGAGCUCUGUUCACUUGUUCCACUUCAGCGGUAUACAAAAGCGUUAUCUUCGAAUCAAAGAGCAACCCUGGUAGAAAGAUCUAGGCAAAAGCCUCGGGAAAGAAUUCAAACUCUGAGUGAUGCUUUGAAAAACAACAAAUUCAAUGAGAACCCUGUACUUGUUGAAUGUGGAAUUUCCAUAGGUAGGCAAUUGACGGAAGUUGAUGGUCGGAUCCUUGAGACUCCAAGGUUGAAGGUUGGUAAUCACGAGGAUUGCAUCCCACGAAAUGGACGUUGGAACUUUAACAACAAGAGACUUUUGGAUCCAAAAAGAAUUGAACGUUGGAUUGGUGUCAACUUCUCUGCUCGCUGUGACCUCAGUAAAAUUUCAAGGGAUCUAAUCAGUUGUGCAAGAAACAAGGGCAUUGAAAUGGAACGCCCACACACAUUGAUUGAGGAGGACAGACAGCAAGCUGCUAAAGCUAGCCCUUCUGCUAGAGUGGAGGCAAUGUUUGAGCAGAUAAUAGCAAAGCUUCCUGGUCCUCCUGACUUCAUUCUAUGUGUCUUGCCAGUGAGAAAAAACUCUGAUAUAUAUGGACCUUGGAAGAAAAAAUGUCUUUGUGAUAUGGGAAUUGUCACACAAUGCAUUUCCCCUGGAAAAAUUACUGAUCAAUACCUCACAAAUGUGCUCCUUAAAAUCAAUUCAAAGCUUGGAGGAAUCAAUUCCUUGCUGGAAAUAGAGAGACCCUCAAAUCUCCCGCUUAUUAAAGAUAAUCCUACAUUGAUUUUGGGAAUGGAUGUCUCUCAUGGCGCCCCUGGUCGAUCAGAUGUCCCAUCAAUUGCUGCAGUUGUUGGCUCGCUCCAUUGGCCCUUGAUUUCAAGGUACAGAGCAUCUGUGAGAACACAAUCACCAAAGAUGGAGAUGAUUGAAGCUUUAUAUAAACCAUCACCAGAUGGAAAGGUUGAUGAUGGUAUUAUCAGGGAAUUGCUUCUUGAUUUCUAUAGGACAAGUGGUUCUCGCAAACCAAAACAGAUUAUUGUCUUCAGGGAUGGAGUAAGUGAAUCACAGUUUAACCAAGUAUUAAACAUUGAGCUGGAGCAAAUAAUCAAGGCAUAUCAGCAUCUGGGCGAUUCGGAUGUUCCAAAGUUCACUGUAAUAGUUGCGCAGAAGAAUCAUCACACUAAAUUAUUCCAAGCUAAUGCCCCUGAAAAUGUUCCACCAGGGACAGUUGUGGACACAAAAAUUGUGCAUCCAAGAAACUAUGAUUUCUACAUGUGUUCUCAUGCUGGGAUGAUUGGAACAUCUAGGCCAGCUCAUUACCAUGUCUUGCUAGAUGAGAUAGGUUUCUCUCCUAAUGACUUGCAGAAUCUCAUCCAUGCACUUUCCUACGUAUACCAAAGAAGCACGACAGCUGUCUCGAUAGUGGCUCCAAUUUGUUAUGCUCACCACGCUGCACAUCAAGUGGGGCAAUUUUUGAAGUUUGAUGAACUUUCAGAAACAUCGGCAGGAAGUAUCAUUGUUCCAGACCUGCCACGGCUGAAAAAGAAUGUGGCGGGCUCAAUGUUCUUCUGCUGACAAGCUCUGGUGGCUGCUGGUAAAUACAAUUUUAGGCUAA